AUGGCAUUUUACCCAGCAUUAUUGAUACUUUUUAAUCUGAUAUUCACUUAAGUCACAAAGUUAAAUCCAUAAUAUUAAUUUUAUUAAUAAGAGUUUAAUUUUAAAGAUGGAGACUAUAGCGGAAAUGAUUGCUUCAUUUAUGGAAUAUGGUCUAAAUACAAUCCAUUAAGCAUUGUUUCUUAAGUCGGUUCAGUAGGUUUGUUUGACAGCAAUUAUUAUCACUUACAUAAUAUAGUUAGCAUGUCUUCUGAAAAUUUGAAUCUUAUUUACUAUGAUUAUUUAGAAUUUAACUCUCAAAAAAUUAAAAAGAUACUUGAGUUUAUCAAUGAAGAUGAUAUAAUUACAAGAUUCGAAAUCAGCAUCGAUGCUUUACAAUAUGAAAAUAUUUGGUAUUAUUUAGGAAUCAUUGAAUGGCCGGCAUAAUUAAAAUUUGAAAUAAUAAUAAUUUAAGAAGACAGAAUUAGAAUUCAUGAAAUUAAAUAAAUGAAACAGCCUUUUAAAGAUACAAAUAUAUUAUUAAAAUUUGGAGGAGAUUUCGUAGUAACAAAUACAUCAUAGUCAAUUCCAUCUGUGAAAACCUAAACUAAAUUUUCAUAUUUUCCAGGCUAUAUAAUGAUAUAAAAAUUAAGCAAAUAAUUAUUAUAAUUUGAUGUUGAUUUCGUUGAUAUUGCUAGGAAUAAUUAUGAGAUAUAUGGAAAAUGUUAUUGUAUAAUGGAUGAAAAGUUUUAAAUAGAUGAUUCUGAAUUAAAUAAAUUGGAUAAGCAAAUUUAUAUUUCAAAAAAUACUAAUUGUGAUUCCUUUAUUUUUUAAGGAUGGUUUAAGAUUAUUGAUGUUAUUUCAUCUGAUGAUGAAUUUACCUAUAAAUUUAUAACAUUAUCAGCAAAUUAUGAAAACUCCCUUUCUAAUAAAAAUUUAUAACCAUUUUAAAUGAGUUAUUUUAUCUCAUCUAAUGAGAAUAAAAUAUUAAUGACAACUUAUAGCUAUACCUUUCCUGCUAUUUCUAUUGAUUUUAAAGAUGAUCCUUUUAUUUAGUAAAAAGAGUUUGUCAUUACAAAUUCCAUAACUGUAUGGCAUAUUAUAUUUGUUGAAUUGUAAGAGACAUUAUUGAAUUGUUCUAUUAAAUUUUAUGAAGCUGGUAACAUCUAUGAAUACAAUGUUUAAUUUGAUGUUAAUUAAUUUCAUAUUAUUCAGCUUAAACUGUAAUAUGGAAAUCUACUUUAAUCCACUACAAAUUUUAUAAAUAUGGAAGUGAAAAACUUAAUACUUUAGAAUUGUCAUCAAAAUUUUUAAUAAUAAAACUGCCACUUUAGUUGCCAAGAGUGUGAUGGACCGACAAUGUAUAAUUGUUUAUCUUGUUUCGAAGAAUCAUAACGAAUAUAUAUACCUGAAUAAAAAGUUUGUGUAUGUCCAUAUAAUUCUAUUGAUGAAAUAACUUGUUAAAUUUAUCUAGAUUUAAGCUUUUAAUUGAUAUUAGGAGAAAAGUAAAAUGUGGUUUGUUAAUUAGGUUAUUUUGAAUAUUAAGAAGAAUGUUUCAAAUGGUAAAUUUUAAUUGCAAUUAUUUUAGUCCUUCAUUAAUAAGAGAAAACUUACUUAGUUGUUUAGAAUGCUUAAAUAAUCCAAAGGGAUGGAAAGAAUAACCUUUCUGUAAUAACGAUCUAUACUUUAAUAAUUAAGGAGGUACUUAAUAAUAAAUCUAUUCACCAACUCCAUAUUUUUUUGUAGAUGGUAUUGAAGUAACUUUGUGUUAAUUUUGCAGUAAUACUAAUUUCUCCAGUUUAGAAGAUCAGUAUUUAGAUUAUUUAUAGCAAAAUUAAAUUUUUUAAUCUUUUUGUCAAAAUAAUGAUGACCUAUACUUUUAGUGUUAUAAAUGCUCUAUUCCAUUUUGCAUUAAAUGUCAUUUAUCUAUUCAAGGUCUUCAAUGUAUAAAAUGUUAUUAUGGUUACAAGUUGAAUGAUGGUAAAUGUAUAAGCAAACGCAAUGUUGAAUUUUCUAGUUUCUGUCAAUCUCCUUAAUAUAUGACCUCAAAGAAAAAAUGUGCUUAAUGUUCAAUCAGUUAUUGCAAAUAUUGUUUUGAAUAUCAACCUAAUAAUCUCUUGAAAAGUACAUUGUAUAAAAAUUUUGAACAAUUUGGUGAAGGAGAAGAGCUUAAAGUUGGAUGUGCACUUUGUGAUGAAGGUUUUAUAUUUAAUUUCAAUAAAGGUAAAUGUAUUAAUCAGAAACCUCAGAUUUAAAAUUGUAUAAGAUCCUUCAUUAAUUAAAAUGAAAAGGAACUUUGUACAUUAUCUGAAGUUGAUGAUUUUAAAAUAGCUCCUGAAAUUUUAAAUUGUCAAAAAUACUUAAAUAAUUGCUUAUAAUGCUUGUUAUCUCCUGAUUCCAUUCUGAAGUGCAUCAUUUGUUAAGAAGGAUACACUAGUUCUAUAAUUAAUGGAGAUUGUUAUAAAAAUUAGUUGAUGAAUACUAAAAUCGCUAUCGAAGGUGAUUUAAAUUUAAGAGAUGGUUGGGUUUAAAGGAUUCAAAGUUUUAUGAUACAAUUUUUACCAAAUAAAUAUCUGUAUCCUAAAUCAGAGUUUAAAUCAUUUAUUAAAGGAAUGAUUGUGGAGUGCAACCAAGGCUAUAGAUAUAUUGGAGAAUCUAGUUGUGAAAAAUAUUGUGAUGACUCAUGCUUAUAAUGUGAAACCAAUGUCAAUGGACCUUAUUGCGCAAAAUGUCCUUUAAAUUAUUAUUAAGAGCCCAUUAGAGAUUAAGAAAAUGGAUAAUGUUCUGAGUGUUCAUAAUUAUGUUAAAUUUGCUAAAGUAGAACUUAAGAAGAAAUUUAUGUAAUUUUAUAUACUUUUUAAUUAGAAUUAAUAACCAACUUUUAUCUUAGAUGAAAAAAAUAAAAUUUUUACAAAGAAAUGUUUAAAACCUAUUAAUAAUCCAAACAUCAUAUAUAAUUCUUAUACUCAAGGAGCAAGAUAUUGUUUUGAAUCUAAUUGUCUUAAUUAAAUUAUGUAUGAAGUGAGACUUACUUUUUGUGGAGGCUUGUUUGUAUUUUGGCAAUUUGGAAUUGACUAAGGUAUCAAUAUAAAAUAUUGUAAUUAAAUGGGAAUAGAUACAAUAACAAUUGUUUUUACAUUCUAAAUUAGUAGCUAAUUUUGUGAACUCAGAUUUGACUUCACCAUGUCGAAUUAAUUAAAAUCAAAGAUAUUUUCACUUCGCAAUACUUACUUUUUAAUAACUUCUGUCGAGAAUUUAUAUAUAAAUUCUCCCAAUUCGUUUGAAAUUAACUAUUUCGAUAAAAUAGAAUUAAAUAAUUUUGUUCUUUAAUUUAGUAAUUCAUAACGAUUUAUCAUAAAUAAUAAUAAUACUUAAGUAGAUUUAAAAUUGAUCAAUUUUGCCUUUAAAUUAUGUAAUAUUACUAGUACACUAUCUUUGUUUUAAAAUGAAAUAUUCGGAAAUAUUCAAGCCAAUAAUUUUUCCAUAUUAGAAUCAACUUUUAUUAAUUCCUCUAUUCUGAAUUUAGAAGCAUAUAAAUUAAAUGGUUUAAUUAUAAUUUAAAAGCUAUAGAUCUUGAGAUGCUUUUUAAAAGAUUCUAACUUAUUCUAAUUUGGAAACAACUAAUUUAACAUUUUAAUAUAAGAUUUAAUUAUAGAAGAAUGUGAGUUUUAUAAUUCUUCGAUUUUUAUGUUUAAAGACAAUCUUAGAGAUUUAUCAGUUUUACAAAUUUAAAAUAUAACAAUCCAAAAAAAUAUAUUUUAUCAUUCAAAUUUCAUUAAAAAUGCUAAUUUAAUUUAAUUGAGUUUAAUGAAUUUCAACUUUAGUAAGAAUAAUUUGAUUUCAUCAAAUUUAAUAUCUUUUAACUAUCAUUUAACUAUAAAUAAUUCCUACAUACUAGAAAAUUAUUUUUAGGAAUCAAUAACAUUGAAUUUGCUUUAAACUUAAAGUUUUUAAAAAGCAAGCAUCUUCAUUACUAAUCUAUAUUUGUAAUUAAAUUCAAUUAAGAAUACAAGCUUAUUUUUUUUAUAUUCAAAUUAAUUAAAUAACUAUUAUUUAGAUAUAUCAUUAAUCUACAUAAAAGAUAAUUAAAGAUUAGAUAUGGUAGAUAAGAAUUUUUUUUCAAUCAGAACUAAUUCCUAAAUAAAAAGAAAAUUGCAUCUUUUCUACUAUUGAUGAUGAAAUGGCUCUAUUUGUUAUAUCGUGUAGCUAAUUACAUAUUUUUAAUGCAAAUAUUAUUAAUGUUAAUGAUUAAACAAUUUUCAAAAUUUAUGAAACCAAAAACAUUCUUAUUUAAAAUUUGUUAUAUAAAAAUGAGAUACAAUAUUUUACUAUUCCUAUAUUUAUUGAUUGCCAUAGUUUAAUCUAAUAGAGAAAUCAACUUUUUAUAAUAAUUGGAUUCUUUUCAAUAGAAAUUCUUGAUGUUUAAGUAAUAAGAUAAUUUAAUAUUGAUUUAUCAUUUAUUGAUAUAAGUAAUGGAAGGGGAUAUUAAAAAUAUUAAUCAGGAAGGAUUUCUAUUUGUAAUGUCAGUUUUUAAGAGAACCUUUAACUAUCAAGGUAAUAAAUCAAUUUGAUGUCAUUAUUAAGUAUUCAUGCUGAAAUUGAAUUAACUAUAAAUUUGAAAAACAUCAACUUUAUAGAAAAUGUUGUACAUUCACAGGCAGACAGUACUUUAAAGAAUGCUGCAAGUUUAAUGUUAAUAGCUUCUUCAGUAAGCUUUGUGUUAAUCGAAAACGUUAACAGUCAAAAUAAUGCAUUUACCAACUCUACAAAUACUUUUUUUAAUGUAAUUUCUAAUUAAAUUUUUAUCAAUAAUUUAACUAUUAUAAAUCAUAAUGUAUUAACUUAAGAAUUGUGGCAAAAAUAUUAUGAUCUUUAAUUUGAAGAUAAAUUUAAUUAAGAAGAUUUGAAUAAUUUAAUUUUUUAAAUACUUAAAAUAUCAAAUAUUGCGGGUGUCUGUUCAAUAACAUUAUCUAAAUUUUCUUGUUAAAAUUGCAAUUUUACCAACAUUUUCGCGUAUAAAAGUAGUAUUUUUCAAAUUAAUACAAUAAAUGAAGGAUUAAUUAAAUUAAAUUAAAUCUAAAUUUAGUCUGUUUAAAAUAAUAUCUAAAUGAUUACAAAUAGUUCAGGUUGCAUAAGCAUAAAUGCUUAAAAUAGUUUAUUAAAUCUUCAAAUUACAAAUGCAAUAUUUACAAAUGUUUUAAACAGAAUGGCAGCUUCAAUUUUAACAAUUCAAUCCUCCGAAAUGCAGAAUUAAAUCUCAUUUUUAAAUAUCCAGAUUUUAAAUUGCAUUUCUUUAAUUAAUUAAUUUCUGUACGUAAGAUUUUCUCCAUAAAAUAUAAACAAUAACAUUUUAAUACUUGAAAAUUUAUUGAUCUAACAGAGUGAAGAGAAAUGGAAAUAGUAUUUCUCAAAUUUCGCAACUUUAAGCGAAAUUGAGAUGGCUUAAAUAAGUGGAGAAAAUAAUGCUGUAAUUAACAUUUAAAAUUGUUAAAUUAUUAUUAAAGAAAUAGUUACAGAGGGAUUAUUUAUUUCACCAAUUAUGAGAUUCAAUAAUGUUUUUAAAAUCCUUUUAUUCAAUGUUUACAUAUAAGAUAUUCAAUUAUUUUAUCCAACUAAUAUUAUCAUAGUAGAUUAAGACUUAAAUAUUAAAAAUGUAAUAUCAUUCCAAUAAGUGUACCUUUUAAGAAUUUAGAUAUUUAAUACUAGCGAAGUUAUUUUUAAGCAACAACAUAAUAUUUAUUAAAUUAAAACUUGCAAAUUAUUUAAGACAGUCUCAACAACUAAUUAAAAAUUUCUUAAUAUUUCGUCAUUUUAAAAUUAAUUUUCAAAAUUAUCUCAAAAAUCUUUGUCGGUAAUUUCUAUAAAUAGUGUAUAAUAUGAAAAUUAAAUUAAAUUUUAAAAAAUCAGAAUAUAGCAGAAUUUUUGUUCAUUUUGUAGUGAUGGUUUAAUCAAUUUUAAAGUAAUCAGUAUCAAUUUUUUUUAAAUAGAAGAUUUUUCUUGUAGCUAAAAUUAAAUUUUGUCCUAUGGAUGUUUACUAUUUCAAUAAAAAGAAUAAAUCAGCACCAGGAUAAAAAUCGUAAAUUCAAAUUUCUAUAAUAAUAACGGAAGCAUUGGAGUAGGUAUAACAGCUUAUAAUUCAUCCAUAACAAUAAAAUAAUGCAAAUUAUUUAAAAAUAUAGCCAGUGAAAAUGGAGGAGGUUUAUAUAUUGCUUUAAAUAACAAUAGCUUUCUAUUUAAUUAAUCUAUAAUUAUAAAUAAUGAAGCUCAAGAGGCUGGAGGUAUUUAUCUUAAUGGAAAAUAUAUUUUGAAUAAAACAAAUUUUAUUAUGACUAUGUUGCUUUUUAAUAAAGCUCUAAAUUUUACAAAUAAUCUAAAAGAAAGCCCAACACAUUUAUCUUUAUUAAUUAAUGAAAGAGAAAUGGCAUCUCAAGUUUUAUACCAUAAAAAUUAAUAACUGAAUAUGUUGAAACUGGCUCCUUAUUCAGUAAUUGAACAAGAAAGAUAACACUAAGCAAAUUAUCUUAUGCUUCCUAGUGGUUAAUCAAUAGGGAAUUAUGAAAUUACAAUGCCUUAAAUUUCAAAAACAUUAUUUUACAUAAAAGAUAUUGGAUUGUAUUUAAAAAAUAGCAGAAAUGAAUACCUUUAGAAUUUAUUUAACUCAACUUGUAUCAUAUAAUUUGAUAUUAUUUCUAAUAUAAAACAAAAUAAAAAUUAAAUUUAGGAAAGUAAUUAGAGAGUUACAGUCUAUUUUAAUCAAUAAAAAAACUAUUUUGAUUUGAGUUCGCUUUCUAUAAUUUUCGAUCCUUAUGAUUAGGAUAAUAAAUAUUUAUAAAUUCAUGCUGCUUGUAAAAUAGAUUAAUUUAAUUAAACUUUGAACUAUCUGAUAAAUGUUAAGAGUUUUAAGUGUUAGCUUGGUGAAUUUUAUACUAACAAAGGUUGUCAAAAAUGUAUUGCAAAUUAAGGAUUUUAUUCAGUAACAUAUGAUACAAAUAAAUGCUCCAUAUUUGAUAAAAAUAAAUUUUUAGAAAUAACAGAGAAUAAAAUAAAUUUGCAAUAAGGUUUUUGGAGACCUCAUUAUCUGUCUGACCAAACAAAUUAUUGUUUUAAAAAUUAAAAUUCUUGCAAAGGAGGAUGGAGCUAUGGAAAUAAUUUAUGUAGCAUAGGGCAUUCGGGUGCAUUAUGUGAAGAAUGUGAUAUUUAAAAUGUAAUGGGAUAAGGUAAAUAUUAUAAAACUUAAUAAAAUUAAGAAUGUUAACUUUGUAAGGAAUCUAUAGAAAAUUACGUUUCUUUUAUUUUAAUUAUGAUAUGGUAUAAUGUGUUCUUUAAUCAUAGGGCUAUAUGUUCCAUGAUAUUAACUUAAAAUAGCAUAUAAAAAUCUUAUCAAAUGUCUACAUAACUAAAGUUCAAAGAAAGAUUCAAUAAAAUUUUAUUCAAACUAAAUUAAGGUAUAUAAAUAAAUUAAAUUAGAUCUUUAAAGUAUUCUGAUUAAAAUGUUGCUAAAUUAUUUAUGGAUGUUUUCACUCAUUUUUACUUUUAAUAUAUAAUUUUCCUUUUAAUUUGUCUACAUAGAUUAAUUAAGUAAUACAUCAUAUUUCAUGGUUAAUAAUUUGGAUUGCUAUUUGUCGAAUAUAUAAUCAAUCGAAUUCAUUUAUUUAAAAAUAUUUACUAUGCUGAUCUUCAUUCUUUAACAAUCCAUUGUAAUUAUUAUGGGGUAUAUAAUUUAUUCAAUUAAAAUUAACUAAAAAUUUAAGUCUAGCAUGAUUUCUAAUACUUUACUGAUUUUAUACAUAUUUAACUUUCCUGGAUUGAUUAAAAUGUAAUUAAGAAAUAUUUUUAGGUUAUGCUCUACAAUAUCUAAUAGAUGGAUAUCAAAUGUCAAUUAUAUACAAGGAGAUGUUUCUUUGCUUUUUGGAAGUGAGAGUCAUCUAAAAUGGAUGUAUUACUUUGUAAUUCCAAUCCUCAUUUUUUUUGGAUAUUUUAUUCCUUUUAACCUCUUCGUCUUAUUGCAUUUUAGAAGAAAACAAUUAGAUUCAUUUAAAAUAAGAAGUCAUCUUUGUUAUCUUUAUAACGAAUAUAAUGAACACAGCUAUUUUUGGGAGAUAAUAAAAUUAGUUCAAAAAAUUAUAAUGAUUCUAAUUUCUACAUAUUUUGAAACUAAUAUUUCAAUUAAAGCAUAUUUAUUUGGAAUUACCUUGCUGUUUUACUAAGUUUUAACAGUUAAAUUCAAACCAUAUUUAACUUCACACUUGAAUAAUUUAGAUUUACAUACAGGAUAAAUUUGUUCUAUGUCAAUAUUUUUGGCUGCUGUUAAAAAUACAAGUGACAAAGAAAACAAUUAGGUUUUUUCUUCUAUUUUAUAAACAAUCAUUUUAUUUUUAUGUGCUUUACUUUGCCGCCCUUUUAUAUUAAAAAUAAUCGAAAUAUAUUAUAAGAAAAACAAAGAAGUAUUUUACAUAAUUUUUUUUAUCUUAUUCAAGAAACUAAAAUUGAAAAUUUGCCUCAAAAACUUAGCUGAUUUUAUUUCUAAAGAAAAAGAAAAAGAUCAAAAGGUUAAAGCCAAUUAUCAAAAAUUGAAAAUUCAUCUAUUUUCAACAUUUAGAGCUUAAAUGACUAAUAGAAGGUAAUUUAAAUUAUUAUAUUAAGAAAUUUUUUAAACUAAGGUAGUAUCUCCUUAUUCAAUUCUUCAAGAUAAUCAAGAGUUGGCGAAAAUUUAAGAUUACAAUAAUUUUUAUAAUUAGAGUCAAAUUGA